AGGGAAGGAAGAUGGCGGCCGUGGAACUAGAGUGGAUUCCAGAGACUCUCUAUAACACCGCCAUCUCCGCUGUCGUGGACAACUACAUCCGCUCCCGCCGAGACAUCCGCUCCUUGCCCGAAAACAUCCAGUUCGAUGUUUACUACAAGCUUUACCAACAGGGACGCUUAUGUCAACUGGGCAGUGAAUUUUGUGAAUUAGAAGUUUUUGCUAAAGUAUUGAGAGCUUUGGAUAAAAGACAUUUGCUUCAUCAUUGUUUUCAGGCUUUGAUGGAUCAUGGUGUUAAAGUUGCUUCAGUCUUGGCCUAUUCAUUCAGUAGACGGUGCUCUUAUAUAGCAGAAUCAGAUGCUGCAGUAAAGGAAAAAGCCAUUCAGGUUGGCUUUGUUUUAGGUGGCUUUCUUUCAGAUGCAGGCUGGUACAGUGAUGCUGAGAAGGUUUUUCUGUCCUGCCUUCAGUUAUGUACUCUGCAUGAUGAGAUGCUUCAUUGGUUUCGUGCAGUAGAAUGUUGUGUAAGGUUGCUUCAUGUGCGAAAUGGAAACUGCAAAUAUCAUUUGGGCGAAGAAACAUUUAAGUUAGCUCAGACAUAUAUGGAUAAACUGUCAAAACAUGGCCAGCAAGCAAACAAAGCUGCACUCUAUGGAGAGCUAUGUGCACUCUUAUUUGCAAAAAGUCACUAUGAUGAAGCAUAUAAAUGGUGCAUUGAAGCAAUGAAAGAAAUCACAGCAGGCUUACCAGUCAAAGUCGUGGUGGAUGUUUUAAGACAAGCUUCUAAGGCUUGUGUAGUAAAGCGUGAAUUUAAGAAGGCAGAACAGUUAAUUAAGCAUGCAGUGUAUUUGGCACGGGAUCAUUUUGGAUCCAAACACCCAAAAUAUUCUGAUACACUGCUAGAUUAUGGGUUCUACUUACUCAAUGUAGAUAAUAUCUGUCAGUCUGUGGCAAUUUAUCAGGCAGCCCUUGACAUUCGACAGUCAGUAUUUGGUGGCAAAAAUAUCCAUGUAGCAACAGCUCAUGAAGACUUGGCUUAUUCUUCUUAUGUUCACCAGUAUAGCUCUGGGAAAUUUGACAAUGCACUAUUUCAUGCAGAAAGAGCUAUUGGUAUCAUUACCCACAUCCUACCUGAAGAUCAUCUUCUUUUGGCUUCCUCAAAGAGGGUGAAAGCACUUAUUUUAGAGGAGAUUGCAAUCGACUGUCAUAAUAAGGAAACUGAACAGAGGUUGCUUCAAGAAGCUCAUGAUUUGCACCUGUCUUCACUCCAACUAGCUAAAAAGGCUUUUGGGGAAUUUAAUGUACAGACUGCAAAACACUAUGGAAACCUUGGAAGGCUUUAUCAGUCAAUGAGAAAAUUUAAGGAAGCUGAAGAAAUGCACAUCAAAGCAAUUCAGAUUAAAGAGCAACUUCUUGGUCAAGAAGAUUAUGAAGUAGCCCUUUCAGUGGGACAUCUGGCUUCUUUAUAUAAUUAUGACAUGAAUCAGUAUGAAAAUGCUGAGAAACUUUAUUUGCGAUCUAUAGCAAUUGGGAAGAAGCUUUUUGGUGAAGGCUACAGUGGAUUAGAAUAUGAUUACCGAGGUCUCAUUAAACUUUACAACUCCAUUGGAAAUUAUGAGAAAGUGUUUGAAUAUCACAAUGUUCUGUCUAACUGGAACCGGUUGCGAGAUCGACAGUAUUCAGUGACCGAUGCUCUUGAAGAUGUCAAUACCAGCCCCCAGUCCACUGAAGAAGUCGUGCAGUCCUUCCUGAUUUCUCAGAAUGUAGAGGGACCGAGCUGCUGAGGGAGGACCUCAGUUAUCCAAUUAUCUUUUCCCAGAUUCCAGGGAAUUCAUACUGUGAAAUCAAAACCAUGUUGUUUUUUGGGGGGCUGGAAUUUGUAUUGAAACACUGGUCCAGUCCAUUGAAGACCCUAUUUUGGGUGAUCCCUAUCUUGCAGAGUGUCCGUAGGAAUAAGCAUAUAUUCAUUUAUAUUCAGCAUGUACCGCAUGUAUAAGUAGUCUGGCCCACAUUUUCAACCUAGUAGAACUAACAUGAAAUUUUUUUUUUCUUUUUAAAAAAUAACUCAUUUUGCAGAAAGCCCGAAAGAAAAAAA